AUGAAUCGAUUGGAUAAAUCACCACAAAUAAAAGCUGGACUUGUUACACACUUACAUCAUUUUCUUUUAUCAAAAUCAUGGAAGGAGAGAUAUUUAGUUUUGCUUCAGGACAGCACCCUAGAAUGGUAUUCGGAUGACAGAACUGGAUCCUUGGAAGGAUCUGUCAACCUGAAGUUUGUUGCUCCACUUUUGUCAAUUGGUGAACGGACUAAGAAUAUACCUGGCAAACCGAAGUUACCUGGUCUUACAGAAGAUCGCUUGUUGAUGGCUGUUCCAGACAAGCCAACCAAGGACUGUAAUAUUGAAUGGUUCUUGUUUGCAGAUGAAAAUGAUGUCCAGAGUUGGGUUGAAGCCAUUCAAUUUGUGCUCCGACCUUUUCAACAAGAUAAUCAAAGUAUGCCUUCAGCACCACCUCCGCCAUAUUCGCCGCCAUUGAAUCAACCAGGCUAUCCAAGUUAUCCAGGAUAUAAUUUGACGCAACCAGCAACUCUUGGGAACUACCCUGGAAUACCAUAUCCUCAACAGGUUCAGUCAACAACAUUAAAUUAUAACAUGGUACCUUACCCAACAGGAUCAGCUGUUCCCCAAAAAGAGACGAUCAUUAUUCGAGAAGAAGAUAGGUCAGGAGAUAAUUUUGCUGCUGGUUUUCUCAUGGGUGAAGCUGCUACCUUAAACAUAGGACAUGGCUGGGGAGAUAGCUGUUAUGAUUGCCCAAAUGUUCCACCCAAUGUUAUUCAGAAUACAGAAAUUAACAUCUUUGAAGAACCUUAUGAUAAUGACUUUAACUUCUGA